AUGGCAACCUCGAACGGUUUGCCAAGUUCCGAGGACGGGCUGUUCGUCGACGGGGCAAGGACAGAAGCAGCGCCAUUCACCUUCCAAUACGAUCUCAGCGAUAAGGAUGCGCCGGAUCCCUUGAACCUGGACAAAAUCGCCCGAGAGUCGCCCGUAACGCUCACUGGGGCAUCAGAUACCCCACCCAUUGUCGAUACAGAAGAACUUUCGUUGGCGGCGAUGAGGGAAAGGCAAACAAACGGCAUUACGAAGCAGCCCGCCGACAAGCCUGGGAAUCGCAUCGUACCCGUUAGCAUCGAAGUUCGCUUGCCAUGGUUGCCACCCGCCCGACGAGCAGAAUACCAGAAAGUCAGAGUCGAGGACUAUCAGCCGGAAAAGGAGUACUCUAGAACGCGGAGGAGAAGACGUCAGGAUGACGUCUAUGACGACUAUGCCGAGCAGUUCGGCACGAGAAAGAGGAAGCGUCUUGAUGAUGAUUACGGCAGCUAUGAUGAGUUUGAGGUGAACUCUGAUGAAGAGGACGUCCAGGACGCCCGUGCCGCUCGCCGGAGACCGGGUACGAUUGACGGUUUUUUGGAAGCCCGCAACGGGCGGCGCAGCACACGUGCGAGCACCCGCGCCAAUUCCCUUCUUGCAUCUGACGAAGGUGAGAAUGGGAGCUUAGCAGGGUCAGGGCGGCCGCGGCGGUUGCGCCCUAGAGCCAGCGUGGGUUUCAAUCAAAAUCACGGUUCGCACUACGACGACCGAGACGAACUCCAAGACUCGGAUGGGGCCCGCGGCGACCCGUCAUUCUCCUUCGUUCAAUCCGACAUCGUCCAGACGAAGCGGAGGCGGCUUAGGAAGCUGUCAGCUAGGACGAAGCCCGGUCCUCGCGGCGGUUUGCAGCUGGUCGAGGACUCGGACAUCGAAUUCGAGUCGCGACGCCGCUCAUCGCGUGCCGGCAGGGCGACCAAGAACAUGACAGACAAAUAUUCCGACGACGAUGAGAUCUAUUACCGGCUCGAGGAAGAGCGAGCACCAGCUGCCCCGAAAGCCGUCAGCAUGCGCGAAGUUUUCCAGCCGGCUUCGUAUGAGUUUAAGGAAGUUCAUCGGACCAUCUGCGAGUCGUGCGGCUACGGAGACGACCGGAACAAGGGGGCUCUGAUACCUUGCCAGGGCUGCUCCAAUUCCUACCACAAACUCUGCCUUGGCGUCCGGAGCGUCCGAGAACACCGGGUGACAAAGGUUGGCCCGGACUCGUUCGUGAUGCAAUGCCGGUUCUGCAUCUGCACCUACAAGCACAAGGACGUUCAGGCUCCCAGCCACGACAUCUGCCAAGGGUGCCACACCAAGAAUCAGUCGUGCGUGCCUUUCUCAGAGCGGAAGACGGUCAAACAGGAGGAGGCGCUGCGCAAUGAAAACGGCGGCGUCGACCCCAUAACCCCCGUUGACACGAAGCUUGUCAACAAUCCGGACAAUGUGAUGUUUCGGUGCUGCCGCUGCCAUCGCGCUUGGCACUAUGAGCAUCUGCCACACCCAAACAAGUCUCGGGAUCCCGCCAUCGACGACCCGCUCCAUCUGCGCAAGCAUCGUCGCGAGGAAUACCAGAUUACAUGGACUUGCAAGACGUGCCAGGACACGGAAGAGGAAAAGAUUGACAAGGUGGUCGCUUGGCGGCCGCUGAAUCCCAGCGCAUAUACCAAGGGUCAGUGGAUUACUGACUUUGACGAGGACAGCCUUGAGUACUUGCUCAAGUGGCAGCAUAAGUCCUACAACCACUGCAUGUGGGUGCCUGGAGCCUGGUUCUUUGGCGUCGCUAGUGCCGUCAUGCGGCAGUCGUUCAUCAAGCGAACAUUCGGAGAGCGCUCUGAUGAGGGCAUCGAUGGAGAGAGGCAGCAUGCCGACAACCUCCUAAGGUGGACCGAGAAGGACGCGAUUCACGACUCGUGGAUCACGCCCGACAUCAUCCUUGAUGUCCACCAAGCGCCGCGGUCGUCUCUGGAUGAAAAGCGCUACAAGGCCAAGUCGGUCAAGGACAAGUUUGAAGAUGACCUGAGUCGAAUCCAUCACAUCAUCAAGAUCUAUGUCAAAUUUGAAGGCUUAGGCUAUGAUGAUGCCGUCUGGGACACGCCUCCGGCUCCUGAUGCGGGGCCGAUAUACGAUGCUUUUUGCGCGGCUUAUUACGAGUACCUGAACGGCAAGCACUUCAGGCCAGAGCCUUACUCCAAGAUGAAGGAGCGGAUCGAGGAGUUCCGCCAGCGGGUCUUCGCUCCUGGCAUCGAGGUCAAAGAGCAGCCCAAAGGCCUCCGUGGUGGCAAGUUGAUGGAAUAUCAACUUGAGGGCCUCAACUGGAUGCUAUACAACUACCACCACGAGAGGAGCGUAAUUCUUGCCGACGAAAUGGGCCUCGGCAAGACGGUUCAGGUUGUCGCCCUGCUUUCGAGUUUCAUCCAGGAUGACCCCAAGAUCUGGCCAUUCCUCGUCGUGGUGCCCAAUGCAACCUGCCCCAACUGGCGCCGCGAGAUCAAGAAGUGGGCUCCCGAUCUGCGCGUUGUGGCCUACUACGGUGGAAGGGUCUCUCAGUCGCUAGCGCUCCAGUACGAGCUGUUUCCCAAUGGAACCCGGGAAAUGAAGGCUCACGUGGUCAUCAUGUCCUAUGACUCGGCCAAGGACAAUGACACGCGCUCGCGGUUUGCCGGCACGAAGUGGGCGGGCCUAGUCGUCGACGAGGCCCAGGCCCUCAAAAACGACGAAAACAAUCUAUACAGGGCUCUCAAUAGCUUGCGCAUCCCGUUCAAGCUGCUGCUUACCGGGACGCCCCUGCAAAACAACAAGCGGGAAUUGUUCAACCUCCUCCAGUUUGUCGACCCAGCCAUUAAGGCAGAGCGCCUGGAUGAGCAGUUUGGAGAGAUCACGUCGGAGAAUUUGCCUGCGCUCCACAACCUGAUCCGCCCUUACUUCCUCCGCCGGACGAAGGCCAAGGUCCUCACAUUCUUGCCGCCAAUGGCGCAGAUCAUCGUCCCGGUGAGCAUGAGUGUUCUGCAACAGAAGCUCUGCAAGUCCAUCAUGGAGCGUAAUCCUGAGCUCAUCCGCUCCAUUCUUGUGCAGAGCAAGGUGAAGGUUAGUGAUCGUGGCAGCCUCAACAACAUAUUGAUGCAGCUUCGCAAAUGCCUGUGUCAUCCGUUUAUCUACAGCCAGGCCAUUGAGGAUCGCACGAGCUCGCCGGAGCUCGCGAGGCGCAACCUCAUCGAGGCUUCUUCGAAGCUUAUGCUUCUGGAGAUCAUGCUGCCCAAGCUCAAGGAGCGUGGCCACCGCGUUUUACUGUUCAGUCAGUUCUUGGACCAACUGACAAUCCUGGAGGAUUUCUUGGCCGGCAUGGGCCUGAGGCAUGAACGUCUGGACGGCACCCAGUCGUCGAUGGAGAAGCAGAAGAGGAUUGAUGCCUUCAAUGCUCCCGACUCGGACAUCUUCGCCAUGCUGCUCUCCACGCGUGCGGGCGGCGUGGGAAUCAACCUCGCCACCGCCGAUACAGUCAUCAUUCUCGACCCCGACUGGAACCCGCACCAGGAUAUCCAGGCUUUAUCCCGUUGCCACCGUAUUGGCCAGCGCAAGAAGGUGCUGUGCUUCCAGCUGAUGACCGUGGACUCGCCGGAGGAGAAGAUCCUCCAAAUCGGCCGCAAGAAGCUUGCUCUGGACCAUCUUCUAAUCGAAACCAUGGAUAACGAAGAGGACGCGCCCAACGACGUCGAGUCCGUCCUCAAACACGGCGCUGCGGCUCUGUUCGGUGAAGGCAACAAAAAGGAGGCCAUCACGUACGAUUCGGCUGCUGUGGACAAACUCCUAGACCGGUCCAUCAUGGAAGAGACCAAAACUGACGAAAAUAAGUCGGCCGAGUCGGCCUUUGCUUUUGCUCGUAUCUGGGCCAACGAUGAGGGUGCGCUUGCGGAUGAUAUUGUCGAGACGGAGCCGACUAUCAACCUGAGUGUGUGGGAUCAGAUCCUGCAGCAGCGUGCGGAGGAGGCGCGGAAGCAGGCAGAGCGGGCCAUGGAGACGCUCGGCCGUGGAGGGCGCCGCCGUGGAGCCGCCAACUACGCUGGGCCCCGGUUCGAGUUUGACGAAGGCCAGGAUGCCGCGGCAGGAGACAGUGACCAUGCAGAUGGCGACGGCGAAUUCGUAGGCACCGAUAAGAGCGAGGCAGAGUCGAGCGAUGAGGAAACUGCCGUGAUGGGUGAGUCGACGCCGGUCGGAGCUAACUUACACAAGGGACAGGGCAAAUCACAAGGGCCCUCAAACUUGGAGCGAGACUCCCAAAAAAACGCGGGCAAGAAAGCCCGCCGCGACGCCCGCAACGCCAAAGGCCAAGACACCACGGCCGCAGUCCUCCGGCCGCCGCCAGGCCAAGACGUCGCUCAGCACGCCGACAAAGCCGGCCGGCCGCGCAAAAACAAAGACGCCAGCGCGCCGAGCAAACACCAGCAGCAGCAGCAAAUUGCCCCUGCGCCAGCUCGAGCUGGAGCAGGAGCAGGACCAGGCCGUCCCAACGGAACCCACGCAGCAACAACAGUCCCCGGAGGAGGAGCAGCAGUCCAACCAGGCAAGGGCCCCAGCAUCCGACCCGGCAAGAACCACAUCCAAGUCGUCCUGCCCUCCGGCAAGCUCGGCUGGACCCUCACAGACCUAGGCCCGGACGCCGAAGUCGUCGCUGCCCUCGCUGCUGGGACCCCUACCACCCGGCAGUCUCAUACCCCGAUCCCCGUCCCGGUAGUCCCCUCGAUGGGCCCUCUCCCUGCCCGUCGUCCUGCUCCUGGUACUGCUGCUCAAACUAGUAUCUCCACUAGCGCGAUUCCGGUUCCAAUUCCGGUUUCUUCUUCUGCUCCUACUCUGUUGGGGCCUGGGCUGCAAGUCCAGCAGCCAGAGGUGGUGCCGCUGCAGAGGUUGUGCAUUGUAUGCGGGUACAUGCACCCGGAGACGUGGGACUGUCCUGAGAUGCAGUCAGAGGCGAGGCUGCGGCUGGCUAUGGACAGGCUCAAGAAGGCUGUUGCUAGUUUUGCUGUUAUUGGGCAGGAAGGCGGUGGUGGUGGUGCUGGUGGUAGGGGGGAGGGGUUGAUCGUGGUGAAUGGGAGGAGGAUGGGGUCUGGGGAGGUGAGCAGGGAGUGGGCGCGCUUGGGGGAGAAGUUGAGGCGGUUGAAGGCUGGGAAUGGGCAACAACAGCAGCAACAAUAA